ACGGACGGUCGAGCCAGGAUGACCGGCCAGCCUCGCCAAGUGCCGGUGACCGACCACCAAGUAUUGGUGGCGGCUCAUUUCGCCGUGUCGGAAUUCAACAGAGUCAACCCAGAGGAGCACUUUUUCUACCGAAUUUUGAAUAUAACGUCAGCCAAAGUUCAGGUGGUGGCUGGUUUGAAGUACUUCCUGGUUGUGCAGUUGGAUCGCAUCGUGAUCUGCAGGACCAACACAACUCAAGCUUGUCCUUACCACUUUUUAAUCAAGUGGCCCCACCUACCCCUCCAUCCCGUUAAGAAGGCAGUCCUCACAAGAAGAAGAAGGAGGAGGAGGAGGAGGGGUCGGAUCCCCCUCCCUCAGUCCCUCAGUCCCUCAGCCCAGCCGACACGCAUACAUCCACUCUUUCUCGCUCUCUGCUCGCCGCUGAUGAGACCGCGCCAGCUUCUGCAGGUGUCCCACCCUCUUCCUCCUCAUGGAUGCUCCGAGAAGUGUGCUGUAAAUGGAGAGCAGCCAAGAUGGAACGUCGCUCGCCAGCCCGGGAUGCCACCGCUAAACGUGUGUGAGGGGGUCAAAAGGUUGAGGGGGUGACCUCAAAGAGAGAGCAAGGCCACGCUGACAUCUGACCCCUCACCGGGCGUGUGCGGCUCAACCCUGGAGGAUACAGCUCAACAAUGGCGGGGCACGUGCCUCGGCCUGGUCACCAUGGUAACAAAGGACCUUUAGGAACCAGAAGUGAAGAGGGGCGGGGGCCGGGGGUGUCCAGGUCAUAGCCUGGUCGUUAUUCCGAUCAGCGCUAACCAUCUGCUGCCAAUUGACUGGGUUGCGUAGGCCAUUGAAGGGGGGCUGACUGAGUAAUCUCUGCAGGCAACUGUGAAGGUGCUUUUUAAUUCUCACAAUCACCUGGAGAGAUUCUGCAGUUUGUCUCAUCGUGGUAUCAUAAUUCAUCUCGCAGUAGGACACCUUGCUUAGCUUCACCUCAGCAGACUUGAGUGUUCCACGUCAAAAUACAGGCUUAUAUGAAACUACAUAGUUUAUAGUGGAGAAAUGCACUGCACCACACUGUUUCGUCGCUGCACACUGCAAACCCAAUAACAAACAUAUGUGAUUUCUCCAAGACAACCACAAAAGAGAGUAGAGGAGUAAUAAAUAUUCAAAGAAAAAAAAAAAUAGAAAUAAUGACUUUUUCAUUAAAUAAUACUAAAAACAGACUUUGUUCUCUAAAUAUUAUAAAAAAGAAAAAAUAUAACUGAUCAUUAAAUUUUACUAAAAACAUUUUAUUUUAGAAAAAAAUACUUUGUUCUUGAAAUAAAAAAAAUUCUGUUAUUUAUAACGUUACAUAUAUAUAAAAUUUUAAUAAAUAUUUUAAAAAAGCAAAUUUCUUCUAGACAGAAAGACAUGAUUUUAUUCUCUGAAUAUUACAAAAAAAAUAUUGAAAAGAAUAUGACAAAACAAAUAAAAAAAUCCUAUUUUAAAAUAUUAGAAUAUAUAUUAAAAUAUUUUGUAUUGUCGUUAUUAUUUAAAAAAUAAAUUUUCUUGAAAAAAUAUGACUUUAUUCUAUAAAUAUCCCAAAUUUUAGAAAAUGUAAUUUUAUACUCUGAGUAUUACAGAUUUUUUUUGUGUGUGUGCAAAAAAUAUAAGCUUAUUCUCCUCUUUGUUGGUGCCCUAUAAAAGAUUCCAAGACAAAUUUUGUACUGUAUUAUAUAUAUUACUGUAUAUAUUGGAUCAGUGGUGUCCAAAGUUCAGGCCGGGAGCCAUUUUCUGCACGCAGAUCUUUUUUUUUUAAUGGCCCUUGGCAUUUUGUAAAAAUAAUAAAUUAUUAUUAAUAAUAAUAAUAAUAAUAAUAAUAAAUUAAUUAAUUACUAGGGGUGUCACAAGAUCUCGCGUAAGUAAAACAUGACAAGAUUUUUUGUUCAGAAAUCACUAGGCCUGAAACGAUUAUAAAUUAAUUAAAUAAUCACAAAAUCAAUGAAAGUGAACUUGAUCAUUUUGCCUGCCUUAAUAUAUUGCCGUGUGCAUUCGUGUCUGUUUUCCUCGUCUCUCGCCUCCAAACAGGCAGUAAAAUUUUUUAAAAUUAUUAGCUAAUAAUUGCAUGACUUUUGCAGUAACUUUACAAUUAAGUGAAAUAUCUCUACAGUCAUGUACUGUCAUUUCACAGCUAGUUACCAUCAAUUUCAGUGUAUAAACGACCUUGCGGCUUAUACAGUGGUGCUGCUAAUUUCGGACUUUUUUCCAAUCUUGUGACAUCUCCUAUACUUAAGAACUAUUACUAGUCCUUUAGACACUGUACUGCCCACAAGUCAGUGAAGAAACAGUAGCCCUUUCUUUGGCGGAAGCCAAUCAUAAGCUGAAAAAGUCACAACAAGCUUAUCAAGCCUUUGGAAAUGGCUCAUUACUCAAUAUAGCAGUUUGACUCGCGGUUUCAUCUUCCAAACUUAUCACACAGCAACUAACAAUCAAAAGGUAUCUUUUGAAUAUACAAGACAAGUACCAAUACAAAUUUAAAGUAAGAAAUCAAAGCUACCCACAAUCCAUUGCGUCAAGCAGAGAAGUUCAUCGGCCAAUGGCUGCCGGGCGCCGGGCCACCAGAGGGAGCUCAUGAGCACCCAUAUGUCUAUGAUGAGCCGUGGCGCUCCGGAACAGCUUCUCCUUCUUUUCAUUGUUCCCUGUCACUUUAAUGUCAUACCGCCACCUGCUGUACAAUUAUGUGCUUGAUUUUUACACUUAUUUCUGUGAAAGUACAGCAGAUUUUUGAUUACAUUACUUUACUGUGAAGUAACAGUUAAAUACUGUGAAAUGCAAGGGUACCGUGCAAUUUUACAAUUAUUUGUUGCAGUUUUACCUUGGCUUUUGAUGACAGUAUUUUACUGUGAAAUCCUGCUAAUAUUUUACAUAUUCACUCUGUGCAUUGCUUUCAGCACCUUGACGCGUUUGUUCCAUAGAACAACGGCAUGAACGGAGUGUGCCCUUUUGUCACUCACACAGUCUCUUUCUGUUGGUGGUGGGAGGCGGGACCGCUGGCAUACACACAGAGUGCACAAGAGUAGAAAUUAUAUUAAUAGAUUCCAAUAUAUUGUCAUAUUUUUUAUAUUUUUUCAUUGUAAUUUUCUUAGAAGUAACGUUCAAAUCUCGUCUCGUCUUGUUUUCGUAGACCCAAUCUCGCGUCUCGCAACACCCCUAUUACUUAUGAAUGAGAUAUAUUAUGAGCUAUUACACUCAUGUGCUUUGUUAUUUAUAACACAAAGGUAAGAUGUUUUGUUCAGACAGUUUAGCAUGUAUUGACCCCCCCCAGAAUGUCUUUCCCUUCUACCUCAUCCUCCAGCACUUCUUGUCUUGUUUUUUCCCCUUCCCCUCCCCUGUCUCAUCCCUUUCCACAUCCAUUCUGCCGUGUUUUGGUGAAAUCUCAGCUGGCAACUGUGAGUCGUUCACUUGCUCCUCUCACAAUGGCCUCUGGGAUUAUGCUAAACGCGGUCGCCUCAUCGACCGGCAUCAGCGACGCCCUUUUUUUUUCGGAGGGGGAGGCGCGCGGGAAAAGAGAUGGAGCGCUCUCAAUGAAGAUGUCAGUGCAAUUACACAAGGGCCUUUCACGGACAGCCGCCCUGUCUGCUCUCUCGCUCCUCCUUCUCCACGUCUUUUGAAGCACACCCGACUCUCUCAUAAUGCAGGCCUCUUUUUGGGGGGAUUUGCAUGAACUCACGUUCCAGAUGCUUGUGCUGCCAUCUUGACUUACAGUGAUGUGUACUGUACACGACUGGCUAUUGUGUCCACGCAGAAUGGAGCCAGCCCACAGUAGUUAUUGUCUUAUUACAGGAGCGUAAUAAUGAGCGGGAGCGGGAAGGACUGUGUGAUGCGGGUGAUACUGCAUCAGGAACUGAUUGGCCCGCUGUCCUAAAGCCAACAGUACCUGAUGCAUUGCCUUCAGCAUCGAAAGAAGCGUCGUACAACUACAAGAGGCAGCCGCGCACCUUGAAGCUCAACCAGGUAAUAGCAGACUUUAUAUUCUGGCUACAUGGCUCAUUCCAGGUCGUCUCACACAGUUUUGGACCAAUGUUCCAAGCGCUGUCGUGUCUGUCCUCAUCUGUGCUUUUGGCAACUAGAAAUAAACUUUGUAGUGCAGACUCCACCCUUUUGCAUUCUUCUCUGGCUUUCUUUUCUACCGCUUUCUGUCAGCUGCACCGUGUAGGCCAGCGGUGCACACACUUCUGCAGCCUGCGCGCGGCUUUUAAAAUGACCAAGUUUCAAAAAUCUACCUCCUACUACAAACAUAGAAAAUAUAUUUAUAAAUAUAUGUGUAAUAUAUUUACUGUAUUCACAAAUAUGAGUAUUUACAUGUAUAUCGGCAUGCAAGUCACAAGUCCACAUGAUUAUCUUUUGCUAUAAAAUAUAUAACAUACUCUAAAAUUGUGUGAACGGUUGUUUGUCUACUGUAUAUGUGCCCUACCAUUGGCUGGCAACCAGUCCAGGGUGUACCCCGCCUGCCGCCCAAAGUCAGCUGGGAUAGGCUCCAGCGUACCCCCGCGAGAAAAUGGAUGGAUGGAUUCAGUAAUUCACAAUUCAAUUCAAUAUGGUGGUAAAGCUAAUUACUAGGGCUGUCAGAUGAUUAUUUUAAAUCAAAUUAAUCACAGUUUUCAAAUUAAUUAAUUGUGAUUAAUCAGCAUUUGCAACAAUGUGUGAAAUUUAAAUAUGCCCAUUUUUACUGUAUUUCAUGAACAAACAUAAAUGACGGGACACAAAUGUAUAUAUAUUUGUAUGUAUGAACACCUCCAAAUGAACCGAAAAUUUAACUCCAGUUAACAGAUAGCACACGUGUCUGAAAACCUAUUAGCCUAACGCUAGUCUCUUUAAUUACGACGGAGUAUUAGAGCCACAGUGGCAAAAAAAAAAAUCGGAGAUUUCGAGAAUAAAGUACGAGAAAAAAGUCAACUUUUUAGAGAUUUUUUUUUUUUUUACAGAAAAAAAGUGGUCAUAUUGCCUUUGUCCAAGGCAAAAGGUCACAUCCACUCCCGGUCAAAAGUUCUAGACCACCCCAAUUUUUCCAGUUAUUUAUUGAAAUUCAAGUGGUUCGAGUCCAAUGAACAGCUUGAAAUGGUAUAAAGGUAAGUGGUGAAGUGCCAGAAUUAAAAAAAAAAAAAAGUAAGGUUACCCAAAACUGAAAAAUAAUAAUGGGUGAACAAUUCAAAGCUGUUCUGCAGAAGUGGAGGUUGAUCAAGCCUUGGCAGUUGGUGCAACUCAUUCCUACAGGUGCUCCAAGUUCUGGAGAACUUACCACCUCCUCUGUCUGCAUACAAACAGUGGAAAAAUGGCAAGAAAAAACGGGAAUUAACAAUGGAAGAGAGACAGACCAUCUUAACACUUAAAAUGUAGGUUUUUCCUCCGGAGAAAUUGGAGUGUUCUAAAACUUUUGACCUGUCGUGUACGUCCCCCCCCUUUAAUAGCUGUCUCAGGCAAUGCCUGUUAGGAUGGAGUGUUGGAAUAAUCUGACAUUUCAAGAAUAAAGUCAUACAUUUACGAGAAAAAACCUGUAACUUUAUGUAACAGGCAUUGAAUGAUGUGACCUUUGGCCUUGGGCAUGUGGAGGGGGCGGGGUUAGGAAGGUGGAAGUGCUCAUUUGCUUGUGCUCAGCUGCUCAGUUUUUUGCUGCCACGUUAUAAACAAAAGCUUGCCUGAAGCAAGAGGAAAGUUUCCUUCCUUCCUGAAGAGCUAUGCUUUAUUUUCACUCUGACACGUGUGAGGCGGAAUAUUACGACUUCAUUCUCGUAAAUGUAUGACUUUAUUCUCGUGAUAUUACGACUUUUUUUCUCUGAAAUUCACAACUUUUGUCUCGUAAAUUUACAGUUUUUUUCUCGUAAGUUUAGAACUUUAUUGUCGUAAAUGUACGACUUUAUUCUCGGAAUGUUUUUUACGUGGCCCUGAUACGUAGAGUUGCGUUCAAAGACAGUAAUUUACGUUGAAUUCACAUGUUUCGAGUGUAGAUGUGUUGUCUGUGAUUUCCGCGCACGCUUAAAUGCAUCAAAUUGCACUUCCGAUGUAAGAGUUACACUAGUGAGUGAUAAAAAUAUCCACUUGUUGUUUUUCUUUGUCUUUCUGUUUCCUUAGACCACACAUCCGUGCAUAAUAACGUUCUGACUUUGGGUCAUCUCGUGACAAUGAGGAAGUGUCAUUCCUCAUAGGACUAUAGACGUGUUUGUGAGUUGGACAUACUGUACAUGUACGGUGUCGAUGUUUUCAGGUCAGAAUAAAGUUAUACAAGUCAUCAGAGAGGCGUAGCUUGGCAUGCGUAAAAUGUUAACGGAAUUACAUAAAUGAGUUUCCCUCGUUAAUUACACAUAAUUCCUCAAUAGUUGUGUACAUAACCUGAGUGGCGGUAAUGUGUCAGUCCAAAUAGCUGCGUAGCGUUCAUUAGACACACGGUUCAUGUAUUAUGUCCAGUUAGCAUUUGCUAUGAAACAUUACAGAUAUCCAAGAAAUGAAAAUGAUUAUGCAAAAGACAAUGCAGCCGAAGUCAAGGCAACAUAUUAAAAAGGUUUCAGCAAUGGGCGCACUUUCCAAUUCGUCAUGAAAUAAUAGUUUAAGAAAGGGAAGUGUAGAAAACAUGCUUUUCUAUAGUGGAGUUUGGGACACCAAGCAAAGCCAUCAAACAACUGACUUUUUUUCUCCAUAACUAGCUGCUACAAGCGAACGGAUAACAUUUGUUAUAGAUAUAGGCAUCUUACCGCUCACUUAGUUUAUCCCUAAUCAGAAUAAUGAAUAUGAAAGUUGUAUCUCUGUGUGUAGUUUGAGGCGUCUGUUCACCACUUAUUAUUUGCCGAAGGGGGAGCAACAGCGAAUCAGGAGGGGAGCUUUAUGUCAGCUGACUGAUCUACAAAGCGACGUUUACACGAUCGGCCCACACUACCUUUGCGAUCGACCAGUAGCUCUCGAUCGGCACCCCUGGUGUAGGAUGUCUCAGACAGGCAACGAGGGCUAGAAUCGUUUGCCGCUUCUUCAUCCGCAGCAGAUGCUGGAUGUUCGUAAACACGCCUAAACCGAUCACAAGCAGCCGACGGACGACCUGCCUGGCGGACACUAAUCCAUGUCUCUCUGGGGACAGCAAGCCUUCAAGAUGAUGGAGCUUUUUUAAAAGGUCAUAUCCCGGAAUAGGUUCCAGCUCACCUGUGACGCAAACAAGGACAAGCGGUAUAGGGCCUCAUGGAAACCCACCCACACCCCCACACCACAUAACUAGCUUUAUUAUUUGUUUAUUUAUUUAGUACAUGAAAGUAAAUACUCUUUUUAUUAAAAAAAAAUGGAUAUGCUAGGUCUGUUUUUAAAAUGUAUUAAAAUAUAUAAUAUAUAUUAUAUAAUAUAGUAUAUAAUUUGUAUCAAUUUUUGUAUGACUCAACUUUAUUUUUAGAUGUAUUGAAGUGAACUUUUUAAAAAUUUAUUUUAUUUGACCUCAUUCUGUGAAUAAUUAAAUACACUUGGUGUCUUUAUUUUUAUGUAUUUUGACCA